AAGCUGCUGUGUGUGUGUUGUGGAGCUUUAAUUGGGUGUCGAUCUGCUGCUGCUUCAUUCUGCUUCAAUCCAGAUGUUUCUCCUCCCAUCUGCUUUCACUCAUUCACCCUAAACCUUACUAAACGACAUCUGUCUGGGUCUGAAUAGCGUUCACGAACAUCAUCUGUGAGACCAAACAGCGGGAAACGCGAUGAAAACGGUGUUUAAUCGAAGCGCCGCGUCAUUUUCUCUCGAAGCAGGUGUUGCUAAGCGGCUAGCGUUAGCAUCGUGAGAACGAAUGGAGCGAUUGUUUACUACUUUGCCUUCAAAAUCACAUCGUUCUGGAUGCUUUUUCAUGUUUUUAGUCGUUAAACGCGCUUUAGUUGUGUUUAACAUGCAUAUCCAAGUAAUUUCAGUAGCUGGGUGCUGCAUUAUCUUUAACCUCUGACGCUCGUUUGUAAUGAAAGCGAACGGAUUUUCUCCUCACCGAAGUGUUUGUGUAUUUGUUUUCUUCUGAUAAAUGCUGCUGGAGGAUUUAAAGUGUGCUUCUGUGUAAUAUAAUGUCGCACAUGUAGAUUAUCUGUCUGUCUUCUAUUGUUAUAAAGCUGCUAAGCUAUUGGCCCUCAGCCCUCUGGGGCCGCGUCUCAAAACCCAGUGUGCUCCCUACAUAGUGCUCCCUACAUGGUGCUCCAGAGGCAUCCUUGGACAAAAACAAGUGGGCUGGCUAUCUUAAACCUCAUUUUUGAGCAGCUGUCUCUGUCUAGAUCUGGUUAUUUGCACAUUCAUUGACUUAUUCGUGUCUAUGUCACUGGUUGAAUCAAAACAUCUUUUGAUAUUAUGAUUUGUAGUUUAUCUAGUUGUUUGGCUUUAUUCUUCUUACAUUGGAUAAAUGAGGAAAUGCAGGGAAGCUCACGGGAUUAAAGGUGCAUCCCAAAUCAUAUUCCUGAUUAAUGCUGUUCAGUCGCUCCACUCUUUUUUAUUUUAGCAUCAUUAAUUAUUUUUCAGAAUACAAAUGUCCUGAUGAUUUAUUUACUCGUCCAAGAUGUUCAUGUCUUUUUCGUUUUCAGUCUGUGUUUGAGGAAAACAUUCCAGGAUUUUUCUCCAUAUAAUGGACUUCAAUGGGAACCAGCGGGUUGAAGGCGCCAUGCAGACCCCAGAGGCAGGCGCGGACUCCACGUCCAGCGUGCCGCUCCAGACCAGCGUGCCUGCGGUCAGUGCCCAGCAGGGGGCGUCUCAGGUGCCCGUCCAGCAACAGGCGCAGACUGUUCAACAGGUCCAGCAUGUGUAUCAAACACAGGUGCAGUACGUUCAGGAGGAAAACAACGCCGUUUACACCAACGGGACCAUACGGACGUAUUCAUACUCAGAACCACAGCUGUACAACCAGAACAGCAGCGGGAACUACUUCGACACGCAGGGCAGCUCGGCUCAGGUGAGCUCUCACAGUUUGACCAACAACGGGAACGGUGCUCUGGCCAUGGGGCUGUCAGGAGGACAGAUCAUCAGCAGCUCAGGAGCGUAUCUGAUUGGAGGAAACUCCAUGGAUGGCUCCGCCCCUCACAGCACGGCUCAGACCACUAGAGCCUCCCCCGCCACGCUGCAAUGGCUCCUGGAUAAUUACGAGACAGCGGAGGGCGUGAGUCUGCCACGCUCCACUCUCUACAAUCACUACCUGCGCCACUGUCAGGAGCAGAAGCUGGAUCCGGUCAACGCUGCGUCUUUCGGGAAGCUCAUCCGCUCCAUCUUCAUGGGGCUGCGCACACGCCGCUUGGGCACCCGAGGGAACUCUAAAUAUCACUAUUACGGGAUUCGUGUGAAGCCGGACUCUCCUCUGAACCGGUUGCAGGAGGACAUGCAGUACAUGGCAUUGAGACAGCAGCCCGUCCAGCAGAAGCAGAGAUUCAAGCCAGUACAGAAGUUGGAUGGCGUUUCGGGGGAGAACUUCUCCACCGGGGGGCAGCACACACCUAACGCUGCGGAGCAGACGUUCAUCGCUCAAAGCCAGCACCAUCAGCAGUUCCUGGACGGGUCCAGAGCUCUGCCAGAGUUCGUCGAACUUGACCUCGGAGAGCCUGUGGAAGGCGUCGGACCCGAAGACGUCAAAGCCCUUCAGACGCUGUACAGAGAGCACUGCGAGGCCAUUUUGGACGUAGUGGUGAACCUUCAGUUCAAUCUCAUCGAGAACCUGUGGCAGACUUUCUGGCGCUAUUCUCCCUCCAGCUCCGUGGAGGGCGUCACCAUCACUGAAAACAGUGGUUUGAGCGAGAUCGAGGGCCGCCUGCCGCGGAGCACACUGAUUCUUCUCUGCAGAAACGAGGCAGUGCUCAAGUGGAUGAACACCUGUGAUCACCUGAUGUACCAGGCCCUGGUGGAGAUCCUCAUCCCUGAUGUUCUCAGACCCAUUCCUAGUGCCUUGACUCAAGCCAUCCGUAAUUUUGCCAAAAGCCUUGAGGGCUGGCUCACCAACGCCAUGAGCAGCAUCCCUCAGAGGAUGAUCCAGACCAAGGUUUCCGCUGUUAGUGCCUUCGCUCAGACGCUCCGCAGAUACACGUCUCUGAAUCAUCUGGCGCAGGCGGCCCGUGCAGUGCUGCAGAACACCUCCCAGAUCAACCAGAUGCUCAGCGAUCUCAACCGGGUCGACUUUGCCAAUGUUCAGGAGCAGGCCUCGUGGGUGUGCCAGUGUGAAGAGGGCGUAGUUCAACGCCUCGAGCAGGACUUCAAGGCCACCCUCCAGCAGCAGAGCUCUUUGGAACAGUGGGCAGCUUGGCUGGACAACGUGGUCACUCAAAUACUCAAGCCGUACGAGGAUAAACCAUCCCUCCCCAAAGCUGCACGCCAGUUCCUGCUCAAGUGGUCCUUCUACAGCUCUAUGGUCAUCAGAGACCUGACCCUCCGCAGCGCGGCGAGUUUCGGCUCGUUCCACUUGAUCCGGCUGCUGUACGACGAGUACAUGUUCUAUCUGGUGGAGCACCGCGUCGCACAGGCCACAGGAGAGACGCCCAUCGGCAUUAUGGGAGAGUUUCAGGACCUGAAUACCAUGUCACCUGCCAACAUCGACAAAGACGAGGUGAGCGAGAUGGACAGUGAUCUGGACGAGGAGAUGGAGGAGUCUGACGAGCCUCUGGCCAAGCGGGAGAAAGCGGAGACGGAGGUCAUCCAGGUGUUGCAGGUGGGAGCCGUGGAGGACGGCAGCGGCGCGGUGGUGAGCGUGGUUCAGUCCAGCAUGCUCAGCACUUUACCCUCGACCGAGCACAUCCUCAGCUCGAGCGGAACCAGCACCAUCCGCCACUGCGGCAGUGUGGGAAACACCUACGCCUCGGUCUGAAAGCACGUCCGUUUCGCUCUUAUCCCCCAUGAGCGCUUUCUAUCUCUUUCAGUACCAUGUCUCCAAGACAUCUAUUCUUAAAAGCGAAAAUGGAUCUCCACGACAGCUCCAGCGAGCUAUUAAAUCAACUUUAUGAUGUGAUGGGAUGCUGAUUGUAAAGUUUAAAGCCCUGAUGUUAGUAGAAAGCAUUAUUGGAUGACCCAGAACUCAAAUCCAAGCCACUAGCUCCACCAGGGACACCAUUCGCCUAGUUGAUAUUUAUCACUUCUCUAUUACUGUACUGGUUAUUGUUUACGGUUUGGUUUAGAACAUUGUAAUUGGCCAAAUGUUGCGUGCUGUUUGGUUAGGGAGUGGAAAGUCUCGCUGUGUGUAAUCGAAGCGGGCUAGACGAGUGUUUCCAAAUGCCUUCUGUUAGUAGAUUUAGUCGUGUGGUAGCUCGAGUUUUUCGUUGUAAAUAUAUGCUGCAUGUGCGAACUGUAUUGUGGGUCUUUUUCUUUUUACUAAUUGGACCAAAAACACAAGUGUGAGAGACAACAGGGCCAUUUCGAAGCUUUGCUGCUUCGGUGCGA